AUGAAUCCUCCAAAGCUUGAAUUCUACGACAAUCAUUCGGGUGCCACUAGUAAUGGUCUGGCCAACGCGACGAGUAAUGGCGCCCCCUCGUUGGCGCCACGUCUUUCUGCAUCACCUUCCACUUCGGUCUCUGGCUCUGAUGACGAGCGAGAUGGCUCCAAGAAACGCAAAAGGCCUAUGAAUGUUACGUAUGUCCUAGCUCCAUUCACAGUAUUCCGCUUUUUCGUUUUCACUCCUGUUUGUCUCUGCGAGGCUUGUAAGCAAAGAAAGGUCAAGUGCGAUCGACUACAGCCAUCUUGUGGAUGGUGUUCGCGCAACGACCAUCCUUGCGAAUACAAACAACGGAAAAAACCUGGAUUGAGAGCUGGCUACGGCAGAGAGCUUGAGUCGCGGCUCGAUCGCCUUGAGCGACUGCUUGAUGAACAAGGCCAACAGUUAGCCGCACACCUCUCUGCAACAUGCAUAAUCGACCAGCCUUCCGGCGUUGGGGCCGGCCCUCGUUCCAGUGUUCCAGUGAUUAGUCCAGAAGUUCAACAACGAGGCUCGUAUGAUGCUCAAGCCGUGACUUUCUCUGGCGACGUGAGCUAUCAAACAAUCGAACCGAACCUGCGCACUUCAAAUUCGCGACAUGGAUCGUUGCAGUACCCUGCUAGCCAAACUAAUAUCGCAGAUCCGCAGUUGACUCAGGCUCAGAGUUACUAUACACCGUCAGCAAACUCCUUGACCUCACCACAUUCCACGGCAGGGUAUCAAGGAACACAUGUCUUUAAUGAGCAUUCGGCCAUGCUCCCUCCCUAUGACCUCCUUUAUGCUCUGGUCGACCUAUAUUUCAAGCACGUUAACAUCUGGCUGCCUUUGCUGGACCGGAAGACGACCUUAGACACUCUCUUCGGGCCAUCUCCCCUUGACGAGGCAGACAGGGUUUUGUUACACGCACUGGUUGCCACCGCAUUGCGUUUUUCGACUGAUCCUCGUCUGACUCCCGAAAGUCGGCAGCAUUAUCAUGACACUUCUAAGCAGCGCGUACAACUUUUCGGAUUGGAAAACUCGAAUGUGAGGGCAUCGCAGGCACUCGUCAUUCUGGCAUUAGACGUCACGGGAACAACAAAUGGUCCUCCUGCUUGGAACCUGCUGGCAUUGAUCAGCAGAAGCAUGGUUCAACUUGGUCUUGCAGUAGAAUCUACCUCAUCAUUAGCAACUCCACUGUAUCCAUCUAUUGCAACACUUAGGGUAUCUGUGCUACCAGAACCCAAAAGUUGGAUCGAAGAUGAAGAACGACGCAGGCUCUUCUGGGCCAUCUUCCUACUCGAUCGAUAUGCCACCAUUGCAACCGCAUUUGAGUUCGCACUUGACGAAAAGGAGGUCGACCGCCGCCUACCUUGUCGAGAUGAUCUCUUUGCUGCGAAUAGGCUCGUGGAAACGCGUUGGUUCCACCCUCCUGAACGUCCGCGGUACGCCACCGGAAUUGCUGACAACCACGGACAUUUUUCAUAUCACUGUGAACUCAUGGCUAUCCUAGGUCACAUCCAUCAGUUUCUCAAACGUCCGAUUGACAUUGGUUCCCUGACCGACGUGGAGCAGUGGCAAGGCUCAUACCGUGCUCUUGACAGUGAUCUGAAUGCUUGGCACUUCAAUCUGCCUGACGAGUUCGCAAACAUCACCAGGCUGAUGAGAGCGAAUGUGCCUGCUAAAAAUAUCAAUUGCGGCUGGAUUAUGCUUCACGCAGCAUACUGCUUGACAGUCAUUCGCUUGAACUCGUCUGCAGCAUACCCGGCGCAGAGUUCGCCCAUCUUCUCCUCAUCAUACAGUGCCAUGCAGAGGUGUUUAUCUGCGGUCGAGAACUUGCGUCAGCUGUGUCGUUUCGUUAAGCUCAGUGGUUUCCUUGACAAAAUCGGCCCCCCAUUUGCAUUUGCCAUCUGGGUGGGUUCUCGUGUUAUGCUCGUGCACGGUUCGACCAUGGAUCAUGAAGUGGACCCUGAUAUUGACUUUUUCGUUACCACUCUAUCCGAAAUGGGCGAGCACUGGCUCGUUGCAAAGAGGUACAGCGAGAUAUUGGGGCGAGUCCUUGCAGAAUACAGACAAUCGCAACGCACAAGUGGGGUGACCGGGGAGAGAGUUACCCCUUCGACGGUGAAGAUACUCGCCGAUAUGCGGCGAUGUGCCUACGACUUAGACUUCUUGAUAUCGCGCCAGCCGCAUACAGCCGCAGUCAGGUCGUACCACCCAACGCGAGCAAACACUCCGGCCCCCAAUGAACUGGAAUAUUUGGAUGUUUUCGACCUGUUCAACUUUCCACGUUUACCCAUGGCGCAAGAAGGGGUCGAUAAUGGUAAUGGACAAGGCAGUCUGGAUCAACCUGCGGCCCCAGACCUCUCUACAAUGGGAAAUAAUUUGAUUCCAAAUUUCGCAGUUCCCAAUCCCGAAGCUGAUUGGCUUUUUCAUACCGGCUAG